AUGGAUGAGAGAAAUACCAUGCUUAUGAACUUCGUGCUUAACGACAAUAAGCACCUUAGACGUUUUUUAGAAACAUAGACUCCAUUUAAAACACAAAAAAAGGGUUAAAAGCCAGCUCAAAAGCCUAUUAUGAAGGGACAAUUUCUCACAUUUUCAAAGAUGAUUAAGCAAUUUAGGCCAUUCUAUUUCGAACUGUAUCCUAACUUGCUAAUUAAGUAUUAAGAUAAAACAAAACCACCGCCAGUUGAAUAGUUGUAAUGUUAGCAUUGCACAAUAUAUGAAGAAAAUGAAGUCAUAGGAGAAUAAGUAGCAUUUGGUAUAAUUUUGCAAAACGUUGAAGAAAACGAAAUUGUCAAGCUUGUUACUGAUAAGUUUCAAAUGCAUAAAAUGUGGAUGAAGGCUCUUAAAAAAUUUUGCAAACUGCAGAAUUUUCUUUAGCGUUAUAAGGUGGAGAAUAGAAUAUUUGACCACUUUUAUCGUUGCAUAGAUAAAAAAAAAAGGGCUUAUGCAUCAGUCAAAAUAGUGAACAAGAAAGGUUUGAAACCAGAAUAAAAGCGAUUUGUAGAAAAUGAAAUCUCGAUUUUGAGACGAGUCACAUGCAAUUUACUACCAAAACUUAAAAAGGUUUAUGAAGAUGAUAACUACAUUUAUCUUACAUUUUAAUAUUUUCAAGGCGAUGAUUUACUGAAAAUAGUUUGUACCUCUAGUUUGGAAGAAAUAGCUGUUGCUACACUGACUUACCAUAUCCUGAAGGGAUUGCGUAGUAUUCACAGUUAAAACUGCUUUCAUGGAAAUUUAAAGCUAGAAAAUAUAAUCUUUUCUACAAGUCAAAAGGAAAAUGAAAUUUUCAUUAUUAACUUUAAAUAUAUAGAAGAAAACUCAAACGAGUACAGAGAUAGAUUGAUUAAGAGGGGAUAAAACAAUUAUGUUGCUCCCGAAGUCAUUGAAGGAAAAGAUUUUGAUAGCUAAAUUGAUAUUUUUUCUCUUGGAGUCUGCUUAUUUUACAUGGUUUUUUAAAAAUUCCCUUAUGCCAAAAUAGAAAAAGUAGGAGAUAAAUGGACUUAUGAUCUUGAUAUAUCUAUCUUAGAGUAGAUGUUUAAUGAAAAAAAGAAAGAUCCUUCUUCACACUAGCAUCUCUCUGUUUCAGGUAUUGAUUUCCUUUUAAAAUUACUUCAAAAAGAUCCUGGUAAAAGACCCACAGCUGCAAUGGCUUUAAAUCAUCAUUGGUUUAUAAACUUCACCAACAAGCCUACUGAAAAUAAAAAGCUAUAAAAAUUUAGGGAGUCCCAUCAAAUGACUUCUCUAAAAACUAUUUUAGAGUGCUCAGAGCUAUCUGAAAGAGAAAUAGACAGCUGUUCUCGUAUUCUCUUUCGUCGUCCAAUAGCCUCAAAUUUGUCAACGUUCACAAUAGGUACUACAACGGGGCUGGUUGAUGACAAUAAUGUUAAUGUGAGUGAUGAAGAAGACUUCGUUAAUUAAUAAAUGAUAAACCUGAAUAACUAAACAAAACCAAAGAUCCCAUCUAAAAAUCUUAGAAACAACAUAUCUGAAAGACUAUAAACAAAUCAAUUACCAGCAAACUAUGAAGAAGAUUAAAAUGCAAAAACAAUUGAAGAAAUACUAAACCAAGGGCGCAAAAAUCAUAGUUCUCCAGAGAAAAAAGACUAUAAUCCUUUAUUAAAUAAUCUCCAUUUCAAUGAAUACAUGCCUAGUAGUCCAACUCUAUAAUCGUAUAAAUAUAAAGAUGUUGGAUUAGAUGUAAUUGCUGAAGAUACUUCAGAAGUAAAAACAAAUACAAAUAUAAAUUACACUUCACCAAUAAAAAAAAACAGUACAGCUGAUCCUAGUAACGCAGAUUUUACUACAAAAGUGACAAAUGGAAAUAGCGCUAAUUAAUAUUCCACAUCUACUAGCCCUAUUUUUACACUUUCGAAUAGCUGA